AUGAGGCUGAAGAAGUGGGGCUCUGGCCAUAUGCGGACUGGGGAACUUAAACUGUAUUCGUCGGGUGAAGGUGGUUUCAGCUGCGGAGCGAGCGACAAGCAUGAGAGUAACUGCUCGAAGUCCGGCAUCCAGGAUGCCUUCCUCUUGCUAGACAUGUCCUUCCCUUGCAGCUCCACGAUGAAGGAUGUUGUGUCUAUGACACUGACAAACCUGUUUUCCAACAUCUCAGCCACAAAGACCUAUGGUCGAAAAUUUGGAGGAACCAGAAGAGUGAGGCUUCCUUCCUGGGAGUUUCCUAGACUGGCUCUGCUCUUUGAGAAAAAAGUUCGGAGAGCGCCCCACGCUCCGCCGCCGGCACCGCCCACUCGCGAGUCGGCGGCGGCUUCCGGCUGCGCCCCAUCGGCCCCGCCCUCCGGCUCCUCCGCGCGUGCGUCCAGCGGGUGUAGCCUCGCAGCUGUUCCGCGCCCACCCGGCCUGGAGAGGCAGAGGCGCGGUCGCAGCCUCGCGCAUGGGCGCCGUGUCUCAACAGCCGCAGCCAGGCGGAUCCGGGCGCCACGGGAGGCAGCGCAGACGAAGCCCACACGGCGGCUGGCGGAGGACCCGGAGUCGACCUCUGCCUGCCGGAGAAGCGGCUGCUCGCCCGCCCCCGGGGCCACCCGCGGCCCCACGGCUGCGCGGGGAAUGGGCAGUUGCCGGCCCCGGGCUCUCGGAGCGACAGCCGCCGCUCGCCUCUUUCCCACGCUGCGGAGCUCGGGGCUCGGCCGGGCGCGGCGGGGUCGGCGGCGACACGCUCCGGAGCAGGCAGGUGGCGAACUGACCCGGCCGCGGGGCCCGCCGCGCCUCCCCUGCCCGCACUCCGGGCUUCUGAGGGGCCGCACAGGAGGAAAGCGCGCCAGGUGCGGCGGCGACAGCGACUGCUGCUGGCCGGGCUCAGGAACUUCUCAAGGGAUGAGGACACACAACUCAUAUCUCCAAGGGCUUUCUUUGUAUUACUCAGAUGACUGGAAUUAAGAGAUGCAGAGAAGUAUUCAAGCAGAGUCAGUUCAUAAGCAAAGCAUUUGAGAAGGUCUUCUACACCCAUCACUACCUUCUAUGGAAUGGUAAGACUGGAACUGUAAUGGUACUUCCAUUUAUUUUCUUCUCUGAAUACCAAAGACAA